AUGGGGCCAUUUAUGGGAUUCAGGCCGAUGCGCCAUGUCGACCGCAAAGAUCUGUACACGAAUCUCGAGGCCAGGGUUCAGUACCUGCACACAUUCUUAGAUUUCGGUUCAAAUGAUAUCGAGGCUCUUAUCACCGGUUCAAAAUACAUCAAACAGCUGAUACCCGCCAUCGUAAACAUUGUCUACCACAAGCUCUUACAAUACGACAUCACAGCGCGUGCUUUCGAGACGAGGAGUACAAGCUAUGAGGGCCCGGUCGACCCGACUCUGACUGAGAACAGUCCACAGAUCAUGCACAGAAAAAUGUUCCUGCGGGCCUACCUGAACAAACUGUGUUCUGAUCCCAGCACAAUGGAAUUCUGGUACUAUUUGGACAAGGUUGGCAUGAUGCAUGUCGGCCGCGGAAGAGAGCACCCACUGCAUGUGGAGUACGUCCACAUCGGCGCCUGCCUAGGCUUCAUCCAAGACACACUGACAGAGGCCCUGCUGUCACACCCCCGCAUCAGGAUGGACAGGAAGAUCGCCCUUGUCAAGGCGCUCAACAAGGUCAUCUGGAUACAGAACGACCUGUUUGCGAAGUGGUAUGUCCGGGACGGGGAUGAGUUCCGCGAGGAGAUGGAGGUGCACCAGUACGAGAAGGAGGGCUACCUCGACGGGCAGAAGGUGUUGGACGAUAUCGAGGAGGACAAGUCCGAGGGCUCUGUGUCCUCGAAUGGUGCUCCUAAGAGCCCGACGACGCCAAAGACUUGUCCAUUUUCGGGCAUUCCUAUACGAGCGAAGGGCGAGGCCAGCCCGCCGAAGGUCGAGAAACAGUCUCCAGAGAAUGAGGAGACGCCGGUGGCUUAG